UAUUACUUCUUUCAAGUAAGGUUUUUAACUGCUAUUUCCAAACACUGUCUUCCCUCCUGCUUUUGUCUACUUUAUUGGCUGGUUGGUUUUAUUUUUAUAAAAAUAAAAUAUAUAUAGUGUAAUAUCAUCUUCAGUGCUUAUGCAACCAUAGAGGUAAGUAUAUUUUAGUAAGUUGUUUUGCAAGAUUGUCUAGUUUUUGCUUCUUUCACGGAUGUAUCUAUCUAGCUUUUCUCUUCUCUAUGUUGCUAUCGUCAAUCACCUUGCGCUUCACAUCUGAUUCUGCUCUCCUUUACAUCGAUGUGCAUCAGGAGUGACUCUGCUGAAGUCAGUGGCACUACACUGAUGUGAAGCUGCUGUAAAUGAGUGAGAUCAGACUCAGGACAAUAAACUCUCAGUUGUUAGCAUGCUGUUCUGCACUAGAUCUUCAAGGGCUAUCCUGACACUGAAUCUCUCAUGAACUGGAUUGUAAUUUUUUUGGAUCAAAGAUGCUAUAUAAAUAAUAUGUAGUGUACAUAGGCUUGCUAUUAUUCUGCAAGAAACCUUGAUGAUCUGAAAUACUGGUAGGGUAAUAUGGUUCAUUCACUUUUUGCCUUCAUUCCUUUACCACAGGAAAUUAAGAUAAGAUUGUGAUAAUUAUUUUGUAUCUGAAAGGCUCUCCACAAAUUGAAUCGGUAUCCUGGCUGGUGGGUAAGAAAGUUUUUCUUCCCAGUGAACUGUAGUAGGGAAAUUUUUCCCCUUAAAGUGAGUAUUCACUACAUAUCCAGAGAACACUAGCUCUGCAUAAAAAGGAUGGAUUGAUAAAGAGAUUGCUUACUUUGUCCCCUGCGUUCAGAUCCCCACUAUGAGUGCGUGUGCACUGCCACGCAGGAACAGAACCCACUUCAAAAUAGUUAGCCAUUAGGGGAAUGCAUACAAGCCCAUCUGUUCCAGUACCCUAGAACCUAGACUAGACAUCCACCUUCCUAAUUGCCCCCAGGUUCCCCUCUCUCUCUCUCUCUGGCAUCUCAUUUAAGCACCCGAGUAGCUGGAUCUUCACGGAUCCACAGAGACAAUGCAUUCAGAGAACAAGGGUGACUUUGAUGCUUAUGCUUCUCAGUCUAGUUAUAUAGCCCAUUAUCCUUGGAAAGCUUUAUCUAGCCAGAUGUGGCAGAAGCAGAAUUAGCCUCUGGGCCUCAUGAAGACUUUGGUGAUGGGCUCCUGUGAUCUGGGGGAGCAGGCAAAGUGAAGAAGAAUCUCAGCUUUUAUUUAUUUAUUUUUAAUAAAGCAAAGAAGAUGAUGCUAACAGAGAACAUCUCUGAUCAUCUAUUUCAUAGUACUUCACAGGCCAACUAAGAACACAUUUUUCCAGAGUGAAUCAAAGUUGGAAAGGAAAAAAUGUUUACUUUUUGCUGGAUCCUACUAUUGUUUAUCAAAGGAGCAGAGGUUAGAGAGUUUAAUCUGACAGGGUGUCUUCAUAAAGAACCUGAAAGGAUUUAUCAUGCGAUUACUGAUGAAGAGUUUAUCUUGGAAUGUGUUUUGCCAUCCCAACACCAUACCCACAUGUACAACAACUCAUUUCUCUAUAAAAGUAAUGUGCUGUGGUUCUGGCAACAAAAAGAUGGAGAACCACUGAAGAUUAUCAGCAGUAAAAGUACUAACCCCGCUCAGGAAGGGAAUGCACUUUGGUUUAGACCGAUCGGGAUUAACGCUUCUGGAGUAUAUAUCUGUAUGAUAAGGGAAGAAAUCCCAUGUCUCUCAAACGUCAUAAAGGUUCAAGCGAAGAACAAUACAAAUUGUUCGGAUAAUGGCAGAAAUGAGCUGUCUCUUCUCAUUGAAGAGGGACAUUCAAUUUCUUGUCCUGGGAUACACUGUUACAAUCAUUUACAAAGGUCACCAGUGACAUGGUACAAGAAUGGAAUUCGAGUAAUGUUUAAAGAGAAUAGAUCAAGUCUAAAACUUAAGGAUGAUACAAUCUACUUGCGUCGUACCUAUGAGCAAGAUGCUGGUAUUUAUGUAUGUGAUUACAUUUUAUUUGACAACAGCAUCCAGUGGACAAUGAGACGAGUAGUUAGAGUAAAAAUCAUUGCACGAAACACUCUCCACAGCCCAAACAUCUUGUCUCCCAGUGGCAUGAAGACCCUUGAAGUAGAAAUUGGAAAACCUCUUAAAAUUGAAUGCAAAGUAUUUUUUGGCUUUGAAAGCAAUUUUUUGCCCAUGAUAACUUGGUACAGAGACAACAAAGAAAGUAAAAGUGAGCCACUUUUGCAGAAGCCAACACGGAUUCGUGUAGAAGAACUUGAAGGCAAAUCAUUUGUUCAUGUUGCCACACUCAGGGAAGUUACUGAAAGGGACCUGAACAGCAACUUGAUCUGCUUUGCUCAGAAUUCUGUGGGGAACUCGACAGGAGUGCUCAAGCUAAAAAGGAAGGAAAGAGCACUUUUCAUAUUCAUAUUAUAUGGUGCGAUUGCAGUUCUAGUUGGACUCCUGUUGGGCAGUGCUUUUGUUUACCAGCAUUGGAUCGAAAUAGUGCUGAUGUAUAGAAAUUACUUGGCCAAGGACGAAACUAUAGGGGAUCGCAAAGAAUUUGAUGCAUUUGUGUCCUAUGCAAAACAAGACUCCUUUGAAAGGGAUUCCACUUUUCUUAAUGAGGAACAGUUUGCCCUGGAGGUCCUUCCGGAGGUGUUGGAAAACAAAUACGGAUACAAACUGUGUCUUCUUGAAAGGGACAUUCUUCCAGGAGGAGCAUACACUGAUGAUAUCGUCACAGCUAUUCAACAAAGCAGGAGAGCUAUAAUUAUCUUGAGUCCUGGCUAUGUCAAUGGACCCAGCAUCUUUGAACUGCAGGCAGCAGUGAACUGUGCUUUAGAAGAUAACAUGCUAAAACUGAUUUUAAUUAAGUAUAAGUCGUUCCACGAGCCAGAGUCUUUACCUCCAAUAGUGAAGAAAGCUCUUAAAAUUUUACCAGUGGUUACCUGGAAAUCUUCUAACUCUAACUCACCAAACAAACAAUUCUGGAAAUAUAUGCGAUAUCAUAUGCCAGUGAAAAAUACCAGGGGGCUAGGGAAAAACAGUCUAAAGUUUUUUUUCCAUAGGCUAUUUAGCAUGGUUAUCAAUAGCAGAAAGGCCACUGGGAGAAGUCAGCAGACUAAAAAAUAGUGAGGUGAUUGUAGAGGAACUUCCUGUAUCUGCUACCACCUGACCACAAAUUUAAGAGCAUCUCAUUGAUAGCUCACUGUAACAUAAAGUGAAAAAAAAAAAACAACCCCCUAUAGUGUGACAACCCUAAAGUCUUCAGUAGAAGCAAGCGGGACUGGAUGCAGCUGUGAUAUAUCUUUCUUUUAUUAUUUUAUUUAAUAUUUAUUAUUUUCAGUAAAGUUGUAGCCAGAGACCCCAGUCAGAAUUUGGGCCCCAUUGUAGUAGAUGGUGUAUAAACCUAAGACAGUAGAGCGCUUACAGUGCAACUAAAUAAUUAAGAAUAAUAGUAAUAAUAUCAUAAUUCUAUUUCUAACUAAUAUGCACAGUGUACACAGGCUUUCCUGUAUGAAAGGAAUUAAAAGCAUAAAGAAAUACGGAUGGGAUUUUCAUUUUUAUUUGCCUAGUUCUGCUGUCAUUAAGUCAUUGGUAAAACUCCCAUGGAUUUCAGUGGGAACAGAGAUAAGCCAAGUUUGAGCAUUUUUGAAAUUCCAACCUGGGAUAUUUUUGUUUGUGUACUUUUGCCCUGGU